AUGGCAAAGUGGCUUUCAAGCUUCAUGUUACUAUUUGUUGCACUUGUUGCAAAUGUUGCAGCAAGAGACAUUGCGAAAUCUGGCCUUAAUGACCAAAAAAAUGUUGUCAAUUUCGGUGGUCUUGGAUCCUACAGCGGGGUUGGCAAUAAUGGUUUGCCUUUUGGUGGCGUUGGGGGCGGUGUAGGCACGGGUGCAGACAUCGGUGGCAUGACGGGCCUGGCUGGCGUUGGGGGUGGUAUUGGCACAAUGCCUAGUGCAGGUGGUGGUUUGCCAGCUUUUGGCACUGGCAUUGGGGGUGGUAUUGGGACGAUGCCUAGUGGUGGUGGUGCGGGUGGUGGUUUGCCAGCUGCAGGUGGGGUUCCUGCUGUUGGCGGUGGCGGUGGCUAUCCUGCGGUUGGUGGUGGUGGUGGCUAUCCGGCAGCAGGAGCCAGCACUGGAGGUCUUCCAUAG